AUGGGAGUUUUAUUAAGAAUAAGAGAUCAUCCGCCGCCUAGUUAUUAUACUGACCACUGGCCCGCCAAGGAACUAGUGAAGCGGGACUGGUGGCCCGAGUCAGUGUGCCGAUGUCGGUACCUUCACGAAAACCGCCGAUAUUGCCGCUUAAUACAGCAAUACGGAGUGGUGCCAAAAAGAUGCUUGGAACUCUUCGCUCGUUCCCUCAUGCCAUAUACGGUGUCAGUUGGUUACGAGGCACUAUUGCUGCAGUCCGAACUCUGUUUCAUUUCCACGGAUGAAGAAAGUGAGGCUUAG